CCCGAGUCACGCUGAACAUCCUCCCCCUUCUCUCAUCCUCUCAUCCUCGACCACGUCCGCUCCCCAGGGUAACCAGCGUCGACCUCCACAAUGUGUGGAAUCCUCGCCGCUCACGGACUCGAGAAGCCUGCACAAGAUCGCACGCGUCUCAUUGCAUGCUCUAGGAAAAUUAGACAUCGGGGCCCGGACUGGUCGGGGUGCUAUGUCGGACAACAGUCGGUGCUCGUGCACGAACGUCUCGCCAUUGUCGGUGUUGAGUCUGGUGCUCAGCCUCUAGUGAGCGACGACGGGAAGAUCAUUCUUUGCGUCAACGGCGAGAUCUACAACCACACGAAGCUGCGCGAGGGACUCAAGACUCCCUACAACCUCAAAACGCAUUCUGACUGCGAGGUCAUCAUCCCCCUCUACAGGGAAUAUGGCAAAGAGCUCUGUAACAAGCUCGACGGCAUGUUCUCUUUCGUGCUACUCGACGAGUCCGUGUCACCUUCCCGCAUCAUUGCAGCGCGCGACCCGAUCGGUAUCACGACGCUCUACCAGGGCUGGUCUUCGAAGCGUCCAGGCGCAACGUACUUCGCGUCCGAGCUCAAGGCGCUCAUUAGCGAGUGCGACAACGUCAUCUCCUUCCCGCCUGGCCACGUCUACGACAGUGUGGACAACAGCACCGUGCGCUACUUCAAGCCCUCCUGGUGGAACGGCGACCUCGAUGGCCCCGAGGGGACGAUUCCCAACCAGUCCGUGAACCUCACCCGGCUUCGCGAGGCACUGGAGGCGGCAGUACGUAAACGGCUCAUGUCCGAGGUCCCGUAUGGCGUCCUGCUCAGUGGCGGGCUGGACAGCAGUCUUAUUGCGUCGAUCGCGGCGCGUGAGACAGAGAAGGUCGCGUUGGCACAGGCUGAGGUCCGGAAAAAGAAGCUCAGGGAGGCACAGAGCGGUCCUGCAUCGCCGGCUGACACCUAUCAUGAGAUUGACGAAUACGCUACUAUUGCAUCGUGGCCUCAGCUACACUCUUUCUCAAUCGGUCUCGAGAAUUCCCCCGACCUGCUUGCCGCACGAAAGGCAGCGCACUUCUUGGGCACUGUGCAUCACGAGUACGUUUUCACGGUUCAGGAGGGCCUCGAUGCUAUCCCGGACGUCAUCUACCACCUCGAGACAUACGAUGUUACCACCGUUCGCGCAAGUACGCCCAUGUACCUCUUGAGCCGUAAGAUCAAGGCUAUGGGUGUUAAGAUGGUGUUGUCUGGUGAGGGGAGUGACGAAGUUCUUGGAGGCUACCUUUACUUCCACAAAGCCCCCGACGCCACGUCCUUCCAUCAGGAAUGCGUGCGGCGCGUAAAGAACCUGCAUACUGCCGACUGCCUGCGCGCGAACAAGUCGACGAUGGCGUGGGGCCUCGAGGCGCGUGUGCCGUUCCUCGACAAGGCCUUCCUCGAGGUCGCGAUGAACGUCGAUGCGGCCGAGAAGAUGUUCAGCAAGGGCGCCGAGCAAGAGACCGACGCGGACGGCUGCCCGCGCAUGGAGAAAUAUAUCCUCCGCAAGGCGUUCGACUGCGCGCCCGACGGCAAGCCGUACCUCCCUCGCUCGAUAUUGUGGCGCCAGAAGGAGCAGUUCUCGGACGGCGUCGGGUACUCGUGGAUCGACGGAAUCAAGGAUUAUGCCGCGCAUGAAGUCUCGGACGAGGCGUUCGCCAAGCGUGCAGAACGCUGGCCACACGACACGCCAGAUACGAAGGAGGCGUACCACAUUCGCGAUAUCUUUGACAACCUCUUCCCUUCUGAAGCGGCCGCGAAGACCUCCGUUAGGUGGAUACCGAGAGGCGACUGGGGCUGCGCUUCAGAUCCUAGUGGCAGAGCUGUAUCUAUUCACACAGCGGCGUACGAGACGACCAGUUAAUUAGAUACAAGAACAGAGGCAGAGGCAGAGGCGAAGGACGAGAGCGAGAAAUAAAGAAUCCAGAGAGGUUGUAAUACAUCUUGACUCUAAUAGAGGGAAUGAACUACGGACUGUACUAGGACAAAAACACAUAAAGAGCGGUGCGGGAUGGGGGCAUCAUGCGAGCGGUGGUAUCAAGGAGCGAAAUGGGUGUCGAGCGAGCGAGUGAACGAUGGGAGAUACUAGGGUAUCCGAGCCAUAACACUGUAUGAGAUGCAAUGAACGGACGGGUGAGGUAGAUUAAGGGGAUAUGGAAAUGUAUGUGCAAUAACGAGGGUAAUUACGGUAUCAUUGAUAAUCGGGGAUACUCAGUGGCAAGACGUGGAGGAGAAAAAUCAAUAUCGAUGUUGCAGUGAUAGCAGGAGCAAGUCCGGAAAGAGAGACGUAUGUGCCGUGAAGAAAGGUCGUGAAGGGCUCCGUUAAAGCAGCGUUAAGGAGAAACGGAAGGGGAGAAGACGAGAUCCGUAGUCAUGAAAAGUCGUCUAAGGGUUAAGCCGGUUCAACGAAGGGUUUUGAGCUAGAAUCGACUUAUAGAAGCCGACCCCUGAAUCUU